AUGGGUUGCAUCAAUUCGACACUGAACUCGGCUUUUUUGACGGGAAGAACGAAUGUCAGCUAUGCGGGAAGUGGUCAAUGGGCUCAACGAAUGCCCCCAGAGAUGCCGGUGGUUGAUUCAUCGCAAAGAUCACAACGCACAUCAAUUUCAUCAUCUGUCUACAAUACCGAGAGUGAAACAAAUGAAAAUGCGCAACUGAAGAAAUAUUUCUAUUUGAGCUCAUUCCUGUGCGGAUUAGAGAAGGAACAAUUGCUGAAACGUUUGGAAGAGUGUAUUAUCAAUUCUGACUUGUUACUUCUACUUGCUACUCAAUUGUCCGAGAUCUCGGACACUGUUUCCCAAGCAAGAGAUUGCUACGAGAAGACCCCGCAGUUGAACGACUUUCUCGCGCGUGUGCUCAUGCUUGAUGAGCCACGUUCGUCGAUCGUUCGCAAGUAUAACGAUUGUGUCGGUAAAGGGAUGGAAAUGAACAAUUUAUGGGAAAAGGAGGUGCAAGCGGCGCUGAAGACUCACAGAACAUUGCAUGAUCAAAUCGUGGAAAAGGUGAACACCAACAACAAUAACAAUUCGGAUAAAGCGACGUGGAUUGAAUUGACGGCGACAAGAGCCAUUUGUCGACAAUCUCUUCUGACUGCCGGUGAUGGGAUGGCUGUAUUUUUGAAGAUUCAAACACGUUUGAGAACACUUGAACACAUGGGGAAAUGUGCAAACAAUAAAAUCAUUGAUCAGGAAGAGGUUAUCGUCAAAUUGUUGAGUGAGUCGAAGGAGUCAAUCAAAAAUAUUGAAGUGGCGAACAAUAACAACAUCUCAAAACUUGUCGACUUGAGAAGUGCACUAGUCGAAGCUGGAGAGCGUUUAUCGAAUAGAGACAUGGAAACAUUUCAACAGGAAAUCACAAAAGCUGAACAACUCGUUGACAUCAUCAUCAAUACUUUAUGGAGUUUUUAUAUUCGGACAAGGGAUCGAUUUUUCGAGGCCAAUGAUCAGAUCGAAGCAGCUUUGGCUCUGCAAAGAAAGACUUUUGACGUGGAUGUGAAGAAAAAGAUGUCGGUCCCCGAAUCAGCACUCACUAAAUCGGAUAUUCACAUACCGAAUGAGUGUGCAUCGCAUGAUAUCGAUAAUCUAGAGUUGAACGAUCAAAUCUUGGAGCUUGUCUAUCAUCCAUUGAUCAACGAGUUGAAAUCGGAAAAAGAUGGAAGUCUAUCGGUGAUUGAUGAGAUGACUGAAGGGCAACCAACUGAACGAAUCAAUGAUGUAGCCGAAAGAGUAUCGAGUGCGGAUGUGAGGAGAUUCCUGGAGACACCCAGGCCGCCUACCAGAAAAUCCCCACGCCCACCGACAGCCGAAACUAUUGAAUCGAUCACCAGUGAUCAUGAGAUUUUGAGCAACGAGGUGAUGGAGACAAAAAUUCAACCCGAUUUGCAUCGAAAAGAGGAAAUCGACGAGGAA